AUGGAGUUCGACAGCAACUCGACUCAUGUGAGCCAUGCCCUCCAACCCUUUCCCAUGUCAACCAACUAUUUCAAAUCCGAAUUCGAUGAUGUUUUCCACACAGACUCAAAGGCGGUCUAUAACUUUCAAGAUUUACACCCCUUUGAUCAUCAUUUCUCAUCGUCAUCAACCUCACCCCUUGUUGGACCAUCACCAAUCUCCUUCUACCCUGAUCUCGCCAUCCAAAUGAACGGCUUCGAUCCUUUUGAUCCAUUCUCCAAUGACAACUCCCCAGCAUCUCACCACAACAACCUCAAUCUCUUCAAACCCUCUCAAGAACACAGCGAAAUUGCCCAUAACAACAACAAUGGUGGCGCUGUCGUUGGAGGAUACUUGAGCUACCCCAACCCCAAAACCUUGAGCUUUCAUCAUGAUUUGAAGCCUACAAACGUUGUUGUCCCCGAUGAGAGUUCUUGCAUUUCUGCCAACCCAGGUUUUCGCAAAGAAACCAGUGGGAGAAAGAGGAGCAGUAGGGCUCAUCAAACCACUGAUAACAAUAAUAAUGGUGCAUCUGCUUCCAUGAAAAAGCACUCUAAAGGUAGAAAGAAAACCAAAUCAUCCAAAGGGCAAUGGACUGUUGAAGAAGACAGGCUAUUGAUUCAGCUGGUAGAGAAGCAUGGAGUUCGGAAAUGGUCUCACAUUGCUCAGCUGUUGAAAGGGAGAAUAGGGAAGCAGUGCAGGGAGAGAUGGCAUAACCAUUUGAGGCCUAAUAUCAAAAAGGACGUAUGGAGUGAGGAGGAAGAUGAGAUCCUGAUCAAAGCUCACGUAGAAGUUGGGAACAAAUGGGCAGAAAUCGCGAAACGCCUCCCCGGAAGAACUGAAAACUCCAUCAAGAACCACUGGAACGCCACCAAGCGAAGGCAAUUCUCCCGCCGAAAGUGCCGCACAAAGUGGCCCAGACCUAGCUCUCUCUUGCAGAACUACAUUAAGACCGUCCUGAACUCAGAGAAAAACGGUGGCGCGGGGGCCAACCGGAGGAACUCGUCAACCAACGCUGAGGCAUCCACGAUGGCGGUGGUGGUGGCGCCUCCGCCACCACCGCCGCCACCGAAGGCGGAGCCCAUGGAGUACUGCAGCGGGGACCGUUUAGUCUCGGACUAUGAUUUCGCAUUGGAUGAGAAGUUGUUUGGUGGAAAUGGGAUUGAGUCUUUCAUUGAAGAUAUUCCAGGUGGGCCUCUGGAAUUGGAUGAGAAGUAUAUGGAGGAGAUGGCUUAUGACAUGCCUCCGAUGAUGUUUGGUGAACCAAAGGAGCUUGAUCUAAUGGACAUGAUCUCUCAUGUCAAUCUCUGAUCUGAUCAUCCUUAUUGGGAACAACCCUUAAUUGCUAUACUUUAAUAUUUACAUCCCUUCAAAGCUAUAUGAUAUAAAAAUUCUAAGGUGUUUGACACAUAUGUUAUAUUAUACCCGAUACAAACAUGUAAAUUUAGUAGAUUGUAUCUAAUACUGUCAGUAUUAGUAUUAAUAUGCUAUAUCUGUUCCGUGAUUGUAUCGGGUAUAAUAUGGCAUAGUAGGGUUCCCUUAAAAUAUGUUAGGGAAUUUAUACCUAUCUAUAUAAAUAUACAUACAAAACAUUGUAUGUGAUAUACUGUGAUAUGACUUGAGGAUAAAAGAAACUGUUAUAACUUUAAUAAAACUUUUGAGUAUUUGAUAUGAUGGAUUUCUUGGCCAUGUUUAUCAUUGCAUUCUUGUUCAUUUACUUUAAUAAAGUUUAUCAUUCCAUAAAGUUUUUUACAUAAUUUGCUAUAAAAGUUUACAAUAUAUUAAUGACUUUUUACUA